CGUCAGUCUGGCCCCCAACGGUUCCACAAUGGGAAAGAUCAUAUUCUACGAGGACAGGAAUUUCCAGGGUCGCCACCAUGAGUGCAUGAGCGACUGUGCCGACCUGCACCCCUACUUCAACCGCUGCAACUCCAUCCGGGUGGAGAGCGGCUGCUUCGUGGUGUACGAGAGGCCCCACUACCUGGGCCACCAGUACUUCCUGCGCCGGGGGGAGUACUCGGACAACCAGCGCAUGAUCGGCAUCAACGACUGCAUCCGGUCCUGCCGCAUGAUCCCCAUGCACCGCGGCUCCUACAAAAUCAGACUGUACGAGCGGCCCGACAUGGGCGGCCAGAUGCAGGAGGUGAGCGACGACUGCCCCAACGUGCAGGACCGCCUGCGCAUGUCCGACAUCCACUCCUGCAACGUGGUGGACGGCCACUGGCUGCUGUACGACCAGCCCAACUACCGGGGCCGGACCUACUACCUGAGGCCCGGCGAGUACCGCCGCUACAGCGACUGGGGCGGCGCCAGCCCCCGGAUCGGCUCGCUCCGGCGAAUCACCGACUUCAAUUAAGAAAGUCCGUCAAAACCUCUCAAAACCUCUUUCUCUUGUACCUUCUCAAUAAACUUACUAAGCUGAAACU